AUGCCUUCCAAUUUUGUUUGCAAGUCCACCUACCGGUCCUUGAAGAUUGACAAUGAUAAAGCCAUUGCGGUUGUCCUGUUGGUAAAGAUCCUUUACAAUAUGGGAGUGAAUGGACCAUUCCGCAUGUGGGACGAGUUUCGGCCCCUUAAACAUCCCACCAACCUCACUGACCUCUAUCCCUAUCACCAUGUGGUCGAGCAAUUGGAGUGGAUCAUUGCAUAUGCUGCAAACAAGAGCCAUUUCCCAUCCACAAAUCCACCAAGGAUCUACUACGAUCGAAAGUACCUCUACCACUCCACCACUUCUGAUGGUUGUCGCUACAAAUGCAUCUUCAUAAACACCACCCACAAUCUCAGUCGAGGCGAUGUGGCCGUAUUCUCCUCCCACUUUGACGUAGCCGCAAGCGUCGACCUUAAGAAUCGGGGUGUCCUCGUCGCCUUCGAGACGGGUGAAAGUCCUCACCACGCACCAAGGCUCUCCUCCGCACAACUGGGCCAGGUGAGUGCUGCGUGCAGCAAUGCCAAGGCGGUUGUCUCUUGUGCCUCAAACCACUUUACCGUUAUGGAAGGAUAG